UCGUCAUAUGAAUACCAAGCAAAAAAAAUUAUGACAGUUGUCAAAAUGAAAACACCAUAACAGUCAAAACCUAAAUCAAUGUGUAAUUGUCAUGGCCACUGAGAAUUAGUUAUAUUUUUCUUUUUGCUAAUUAGUAAGAAAUUUUCCUUAAAACUACAAAGUAAAUUUAAUUUAUUCAAUUUUUAUUUCUUCUUGUUGUAGAGGGACAUUAAGGAGGGGAUUAAAACAGGACUAAUUUUUAAAAUAAAAUGGCUGACGGGAGGAAAGCUGGUUCCAGUGGAGGAAGAUAUCUUUAUAAAAGAAGAGCAAAGAAAUCAAAACCUGUUGAAAUAGAAAUAUCGGAUUCUUCAAGCGACUCAAAUGAAGAUAAUGAACCGCCAAUUUCCUUUCCAUCUACUGUACCUCCAUCCAAGUCCACCACAACUCCCAUGCCUCCUACAUCAGAGAACCCCACAACCACAAUGGAAUGUCCUGUAUGCCUGCAGCCCUGCAUCCAUCCGGCUCGACUACCUUGUGGUCACAUCUUCUGCUUCCUGUGUCUCAAGGGUAUCGCCCAACAAUGCAAACGUUGUGCCAUGUGUCGCCAGGAGAUUUCACCAGACUAUCUCGACAGACCAGACUUGCUCCAGGCUCCCGAUUCUCAAAAUGAGAAAGAAGCAGAAACGUUUGAGGACGGCUACCAGUGGUUUUACGAAGGCCGAAAUGGUUGGUGGCAGUAUGACGAACGCACAAGUCGAGAUCUAGAAACGUCGUACAAGUCGGGAACUCGGACUUGUGAACUUCUCAUCGCCGGGUUCCUAUACACAGCAGACUUUGACGAAAUGGUGCAGUCACGCCGCAACGAGCCUCAUCGACGCAGACGAAUCAAACGGGACUUGGCAACAAUACCUAAGAAGGGAGUAGCGGGAAUUCGGUAUGCCGUAAACAUAGAUUGUGUCUCGGACCAAUUAAGCUCUCUCACACUGAAUGAUCCUCCAUCAGAUUCAGAGAGAACGGGUAGUACCUCCAUGGCAAGUUGUGAUACGCUUUAAACGUUUCCAUAUUUUAGCUCGGAGUAAGACGUGUUUAUGUUAUACUCAUUAUUAACUCUCAUUUAACUGUCAGCAUGACAGUACCUUAUUUUCCAUUAGCAAACUAAUGUUGAAUAAUGAUUUGUAAAUACUAAUCCUAUUACAGUAAAAAUGUCCUAUACUCGUUAAGGUGUGAGAACAUGUCUGCUAUAUGUACAUAGUAUUUGUGACAUCUUCAAAUGAGAUGUGUUACUUAUAAUAGGAAUAUGUUGUUGUGAAGUUCAAGAUGUCUAGGUUGAAGUUGUAUGCAAGUUUAUUUUGAUAAUUUAUGGUCAUUAUUGGUAUAACAAAUACAAUAUUUUAAACUA